AUGGUUUCAUCUCCCCUCCCCUACGAUGUCCGUUGGACCUCCAAGCUCAUCCGACGCGACAUCAAAGAUCUCAAAUCCAAAUGUGUAGCCAAGUUCAAGAACAUGUUCACCAAAGCCGCAAAGGCCUCUAUCCCAUCUCACCCACAAGACGAGAAAUUCGAAGCCGCUGCAGGAGAGUGUGAAAGCUUUGAGCGCGUUGCAGAGCGAUCGAUACCAGAGACAGCCAGCACUGAGUUCCCAAGAAGCGACUCCACCAAUCUCAGGUCAAGUACCGCCACAACCGCACCUACCGAGCUUACUGAGGAACCGGAAACCAACAGCCAGAAAGGCUUCACUACUCUAUACGAGCUCCUCGAGACUAAACUCAAGGAACUGUAUACGUCACGCGAGCGCGACCUGCCCGACGAAGAGCGCUGGAAGUUUCGCGGUAGUUGUCUACUACUACACAUGGCGAUACAGGCAUGCCCGUCAAAUGACAGCUACAAUAUCUUCAGAGAGGGCAAAUCCGCCCCAGACGAGAGCAAAAUGCUUCUCGAGUUGCUCCAACUUGGUACCGCAAAGGCCUGCAACAUACCUGGGAACAAGGUCAGCGAGAUGCCCGCAGAGCCAUAUACAAAGCGCAACAGCGAGCACGCACGAUACGAUUCCGCCUUCAGCACCGUCUCGCUCGGUUCCUUACAACCUCCUAAUCUCACAAAGCCAUCGAAGGCACCUCCUCCCUCGCAAAUAUGGCAUACCAUAUUGCAAGCUUCCACCGGCCAUACGAAGAUCACAUCGGUCGCUGAAGACAUUCUGACCUACGUCUGGCCAGAGAAGAAUGCCGCAGACAUCCUGGAUCAGAUUGGUCAUCCAGAGAAGCAAUUCCACGAGGAUUCUGAGCUCCGUCUGCAAUUCCGAAGGAUUCUCUUUCCGGAAUACGACGCGCUGGUCAAGGGCAGUUGUUGA